AUGGGCAAAUGCAACGGGCGCUGCACGCUGGUUGGAUUCUGUUGCUUGCAACUGGUAGCGGCCCUGGAGAGGCAGAUAUUUGACUUUCUGGGUUAUCAGUGGGUACCCAUCCUGGCUAAUUUUGUACACAUUAUGGCUGUCAUCCUGGGCGUCUUUGGCACCGUUCAGUACAGAUCCAAAUACCUCAUACUGUAUGCAGUGUGGCUCGUACUAUGGGUCGGAUGGAAUGCAUUCAUCAUCUGUUUUUACCUGGAAGUCGGACACCUUUCACAGGACCGAGACUUCAUCAUGACCUUUAACACCUCACUGCAUCGUUCGUGGUGGAUGGAGAAUGGCCCUGGUUGCCUGGUGACCCCAGUGAUCAACUCCAACCUGGCCCUCGAAGACCACCACGUCAUCACCGUCACUGGGUGCUUGCUUGAUUAUCAGUAUAUUGAGGUGGUGAGCAGUGCAACACAGAUAUUCCUUGCGCUCUUCGGAUUUGUUUAUGCCUGCUAUGUCAGCAAAGUCUUUAUGGAGGAAGAAGACAGCUUUGAUUUCAUUGGAGGGUUUGAUUCAUACGGCUACCAAGCACCCCAAAAGAUGUCACAUUUACAGCUACAGCCUUUGUAUACCUCUGGAUAACAGCUUCCUUACCUACGGUGAACUGGCCUUUGGGGACAUUUGCAAAAAUGCAAGACAAGCAGGAUGCCACAAAUGAUAAGCCAUUCCAAAGGCAAAACGGCAGACAUCUUCCGCUGGAGGUUUGGUGCGGCCCGCAUUCUGCCCAGAGACAACU